UCUCGCUUCACUGGACUUCCGCCGGCGCUUCCUGGCCCUUGCUCUGCUUGGGCUGCUGGACCUAGCAUGGUCGACGACGCAGGUGCUGCUAAGGCCCAGGGGGACGAAUGGACGCCCGCCCAGUCCCUAAACAGACUGCUCAGGUCACCACUUCCAGCACCGCGGAUUCGCACCCGGCCGUGGUGGUUCCCUGUGCAGGAACUGAGAGACCCACUGGUGUUUUACCUGGAGGCGUGGCUGGCUGACUCGAUCUUUGGCCCAGACCGAGCGGUAAUUCCAGAAAUGGAGUGGAUGAGCCAAGUCCUGCUUAUGGUAGACAUAGUUAACUCUGGGGACUUAGUUGAAAUCACCAUCUUCGGACGGCCCCGUGUACAAAAUCGGGUGAAGAGCGUGCUCCUGAGCCUGGCAUCCUGGCACCAGAAACUUCGUGCCCGAGACAAGAGCAGGUGGGGAGAGAAGCAGGCUCCCCACUGAGCAAGGAGCCAGAUGCAUGCAGGCGGGAUUCCAUCCAAGGGCUCUGGGAUCAUGACCUGAGCUGAAGGCAGACAUUUAACCACUUGAGCCACCCAGGCAUCCCAUUAUUGACUUUUCUGAUGAAAAAUGUACUUACAUGCUCAAUAUUUAAAAACAAAUAAGGUAAGAUAUAGAGUAUUAAUUACUCAAAAAUUUCACUGCCCAUAUGUUACCUUCAAGUAGCUUUCCAUUACUCCAAAUGUUUUUCUAAUAUUUUAUUUUUUCUAUUAUUUCAGUAAACAUUUUAUUGAUGCAUAGCAUUCAUACAAAAACACACACAUUCAAAGUGUGAAAAGAUCCAUCAAAUGAAAUAAAGGGAACACAUUCAUUUAGCUAGCACCCAGAGAAGAAACUACCAGUACUCCAGAAGCCUCCAUUUGUACCCUCCCCAAGGAUAACUAUUAUUUUGAUUAAAUAUAAAUGGAAUUAUUGUAAGAUUAUCUAUGCUAUAAGUAUUGUUUGAGUAAACCAUAAUUUAGUUUUCUAUUCUGUCAGUGUACAUUUUGGUUGUUUCCUUUUUGGGCUUAGAAGGAAAGUGCUACUCUGAAAAUUCUUGUACAUGACUUGGUGCAUGCAUCUAUGCAUUUUUAUUGAGUAUAGAUCUAGGUUUGGAGUUGCUGGAUUAUAGGAUGUGCACAAGUUCAAAUUGCCAAGGUGAUUGAACCAAUUUACAUUCCUUCUAGCAAUGUAUGAGACUUCUAAUUACAUCUUUGUCAACUGUCAAAAUUUUCAUUUUGGAGAAUUUGGGUAUUAGUGCUAUUGCACUCAAUUUUCAAAAAUUUAGUUGCUUAAUUGGUCACAAUUUACAUACUAUAAAAUUGUGAGUGAACAACUCCGUUUUCUUUAGUAAAUUUAUAAGUUGUACCAUUAUCACCACAGAGCAGUUUUUGAACAUUUCCUUCACUCCAGAAAAUUCCCUUGUGCCCAUUUGUAGUCAGUUAUCACUGUCUCUAACCUCAGACAACCAGUCUGCUUUCUGUCUCUGCAAAAUUGCCUUCUUUGAAUGUUUGGUAUAAAUAGAAUAAUAUAAAAUGUAGGCUUUUGAGCCUGGCUUCUCUAGUUGGAAUAUCUCUGAAUUUUGAUUGAAAGAUUUAGUCCACUUCAAUUUAAUGUAACUAUCAAUGUGAUUUGGCUUAUGUCUGCCAUUUUGGUAUUUGUUUCCUAUGUCUUUGGUUUUUU